UGCGCUUAGCUUAGCUUUCCACCAAGACUAUGAACUCCGAGGAUCCCGCAGGGUCCAGCAAGGCCUCCCCGCCAGAGGACGAUGGCAUGACAUGGUGGUACCGGUGGCUGUGUAAAAUAGCCGGGGUGCUGGGAGGAAUAUCGUGCGCCAUCGCCGGGGUGUGGAAUUGUGUCACCGUGAACCCUUUAAACAUCGCCGCUGGAGUGUGGAUGGUGUUGAACGCCUUCGUGUUGUUCCUGUGCGAGGUGCCCUUCUGCUGCCAGUUCAUCGAGUUUGCCAACGCCGUGGCAGCCCGCGCCGAUCGCUUCAAAGCCUGGCAGAAGUCCUUUUUCUACUGCGGGAUGGCGCUUUUCCCCAUACUGUUGAGUUUCUCCUUCACCACGCUGUUCGGGAACGCCAUCUCCUUCGCCACCGGCGUCCUGUACGGCCUGGCGUCCUUAGGCAAAAAGGGGGACGCGGUCACGUACGCCCGUCUGCAGCAUCACAAGCAGGCCGACGAGGAGAGGAUGAGCGCCGGCGCCGAGUGAGACUCGCCGUCCUCGUUCGUCGCCGCGGCCGACGCUCUCCGGAUGGCCCGCUUAACUUAUUUAUUUAUUCUCAUCGAACUUCAUGUAAGUUGUGUAUAUUUUAAAAAAAAUAUAUAUAUAUUCCUUUUUUUUUUUUUUAAAAUCUGUUUUUGGCUGCUUCCUUUUUUGCGCGCGAAGCCUUGGAGUCUGAACUAGGGCAUCAGUUUUGGACCUUAACAGUCUCAUUGAUUGUAUUAUAUGACUUAAGAUUUAUUUUUGGUUGAUUGAAAGCUUGAGCCUUUGCCUUUCCUGAUCCACACCUGGGAAUGUAUUUUUAAGUCCACUCAUAAUAAUAGUACAUGUUUUAUUACUGUAGUUCAGUCCAAUUUAUGCUCUCUCGCGGUUUUAGCAGCGUGAAAACUGAGUUUUAAUUGAACUUAUUUCCUCUUAUGGUGGCCAGCGGACAUUUUCCGACUCGAGUUCUGUUUCGGAGUGACAUCGAUGAAUCGAGUAAUUGAUCAGAAAUUGAUUCAAUAAUGUGUCGUGGACAAGUGAGGGGCAGCUGUUGUUUUUUUCUUCUGCCAUUCUCACCCCCUAUUGUAGUAUUGCGAUUUUAGCCGUGCGUGGCUUUAAAAGGCGUCGUCGGAAUGAGAGUAGAGACUCGGCCGGCUGUUAAAGUGACUUGUGGCCGUCGGAAGCGCCCGUGUGAGUUUGCUUAUUAUGACAGAUUUAUUUUUUAUAUUUUCUGUUUAUAUUUUAUCGCGUAGAACUGAGUCUGAGGACGACUGUUGCGGCUUCGGCGCGUGGCGACAACGUGCACAGCGCGAUUGAUGCUUGUGAUCAUACUGCGAUGCCUCGUUUAUCGUGAGAUCUAUUCCGAUCCCAAUAGGUCCAACAUAAACAUUUAUUUAGGUGCAGCAGACGUUUAUUAUUUUUUUUUAUUCAAGUCAUAUGAUAUACUUAUUAAGAGGGAUGCCACUAUUUGAGGAAAUACAUUAUUUAACGAGAUGUUACUGACCUCUUUCAAAAUCCAGUCAAGAUUUAAUUCCGAAAAAGGGACGAGUUCAUUAAUUAAUGAAUUGUUUGAUUUCCUGUGAGUGUUGUUUUUUUCUUUUUUUUUUUGGGGGGGGGGUGUCGCAAUGUGGUAUUUGUAUUAUUAUUUGUUGUGGUUAGGGUUAUUAACGAACGUUUGUCAGCAAAUGUUUACAACGACUUUACAGUUUUAUCAGCUGAACGGCUCUCAGGUAUGCGAACACUACUACGGGCGCACACACAGCCAUCUUAACGGCAAUUGGAAGCAGGUCAUGUGACACCUUUUUGUUUUGAAAUCUGUGGGCCGUGUGGACCUUUUGUGUGCUGUGACAAUGCUUUUAUUGAGAAAUUAAACAAAUUAGCGACUAAAGUG